AUGUCGUGCUUGAACAUAGCACAUGUAGAAUCUCUCCACAAAGCCAGCAAUAACCAGAUCACUGCGUUACUGCAGAAAGGCACCACCCGCUACAACACAAACAGGACCUCCACGAAGAAACAACCCACCAUCCCAUCGCCAUCGCUCUUCCAGUCACUAUCUUCUGCUAGCAACGAGAUCGAGAAGCCAGGAGGCUUCCCCACCCCCAGCCAAUGCGCAGUGCAUCUCGAACUGCUAGAAGUGUUCCACAUGCUGCGCAACAGGAUCAUCCACUCUCGAGACCUAGAUACGGCGUUCGGGGUGGAACCGAAGAAACGAACGGUUUAUCGUCGAAUCCGGCGGGGCGAGCGCAAACACCCUGUUGAGCUCCGAGACCCAACGUGGGACGCCCGGAGGAAGGAAAAAUGGCCGUAUUAUCUGGAGAUUGCGGCCGGACGGUUCGACUCGUGGAUUCGGGUGGUUGACGGCGUGUGGAAGGGGGAGCUGGGCUCUGGCAUUGAGUUUCUGCCUCCCCUUGACGUGUUGAUGGUUUGGCAUGCGUUUCUGCUGAAUCCCCUUGAUUUUGAACAGUACUGCAAGUCGAACAGUUUAGAAUGCGCCAGGAACAUUCCUUUUCCCUGGAAGCAAGUCCACGAAGCAAUCGAUUUUCAGAACUGGUCAUACAGUCUCUCCGGCACCACCGCAGACUGGCUCUUAGCGACAUGCAAAAUGGAGCCAGAUCUUUUCAAGGCCCUGGAGAAGGUAGGGCAGUCGAAGUCCCCAGCGCGGGCUGUACUAUCUCGAUAUGGGACGGCAAGUACGAACACUGGCUUAUCCAACUACCGCUCCUCCGACACCCAUAUCGAUACUCGUGAGCUGGAAUUCAUCCAAGCCGUCGAGUCCGCCACUCUACAGUCCAAGCAGAACACGCCUCUGGUCGAGAACGUCAAACGCCAGGCCUCUUUCGUUGACAAGAUGCACGCGCAGCUCUGGAUAUGCAGUCCCGCCGUCGCAGGGACUCUGUGUCGGGCGGUGGAUCGGUACGAUAAAUUCGUGCAACUGUUCAAGCUCUACCCGGGCACCGUUCUCGUUCCGACAUUGGACGUCGAUCUGGCCUGGCAUACGCACCAGUGUAGCGCUGCACUGUACCAGGCGUAUAUGGUUGAGCAUACGGGGCGAUUUAUUCGGCACGACGAUCAGUUUGGACAGAAUGUUCUGGAUACAGGGUUCGACACGACGCAGAAGUUGUUCUAUGCGAGGUUCGGCGAGCGGUACCAUCUCUGUCUGUGUUGGAACUGUGAGGCUAUCGUGGAUGGGCUGGAGGAAGCCGAGAAGGACGAGAAAGAAGUUGAUGUUAGGGCUUUGGCCGAGGAGAUUGGAGAAGAGGUGUGUUACUAUGCGGCCGUUGAGAUUGCUAAGCGAAAGGGACAGGAUCUUCCUGUUCGGGAUUAG